GCACUCUGGUGAAUUUCUCAGUCUCCAACCUGGAUCGGAGGCGACAUGCGUUGAAAUUGGGUUUUUGAAGAACUCCUCUCCAGUAUUGAAUUUUAGAUGGUCGAAUUGCUGUGUGAAUCUUCGUUGGCAUCUCACAUUUAGACAUUCAUUUUGUGAAGCUCCUUCUUGUGUUAACUGUCUUUGCAUGAGUCUCUUUGAGGAUUCCUGGUUUGGGAGGAGUGUGACGCAGGAUUUUGUUGGUUGGGCAGUGAGGUUUUAGUUUCAAUCUCAAGGGCUUUGUAUUCUUGGCUGCCUGAGUAUUUGUGAUGAAGAAUUGUUUGGAAGAGUAGUACUUUGUGGUGACAAGCGAGAGAUCAGUAUGCCUCUACAUUCGAUCAGCAAGGGUGACCUCGACAAGGUUUGGGAGAUAAGAACACUGAAGAAGGAGAAGGAUGAUGUUGCUCGGAGAUUGCUUGAGAUGGCGGCGAAACAAGUGCAACCUAUUAUGCGGAAACGCAAGUGGCAGGUCAAGCUUCUGUCUGAAUUCUGUCCUAGAAAUCCAGGGCUACUAGGAUUGAACAUAGAUCAAGGCCGGGAAGUAAGAGUUAGGCUACGGCCCUACGGUCGGGAGAAUGAAUUUUUUCCCUACGAGAGCGUGCUGGGAACCUUACUUCACGAACUUGUGCAUAACGAUUGCGGACCUCACGACGCCAAGUUUUAUGGACUGCUGGAUGUGAUUACGAAGGAAUGUGAAGAGCUCAUGGCAAAGGGCAUUUCAGGAACAGGCCAAGGUUUUGAUGCAAGAGGCCAACGACUCGGUGGCUACACUCUCAAUCCUCCCCCGACCAACAUGCGCGCAGUAGCGCUUGCAGCUGCUGAAAAACGCGCCAAGGCAGCAUCUUUCAUGCCUAGCGGUCCACAACGCUUAGGCGGAGAUAGUGAAAUCAUGAGGGCUUUGAGUCCUUUGCAGGCUGCUGCCAUGGCGGCUGAAAGAAGACUGCGAGAUGACGUUUGGUGUGCAGCUCCUACUACGACCGGGGGUGAUGGGCUCGAAAAAGCCAAGGAAAGGGAAGAUUCAACUUGUGCACAUCCUUUAGGUCAUACCCCAACUGACACAGAGCCCAGCAAAGUUUCUGUAGUGGAUCUGACCCUCUCCGACUCGGGAGAUUCAAGUAGGGAAGGUGGACGGAUAAGCACAGGAGAUUUUGGUGGUACUACAAAGCGGAGUAGCAGUAGUGCGGUUUCUGUGGAUCCUGUUCGAGAGGCUUCCAUUGUCAGAGCGCAGAAAAAAGGGCGCAGCAAUAAUCUGAGCACUUCAGACAGACUGAUUGUCGAGAGGGAUACCAUUUCUGGAGUUAGUGAGUGGCCUUGCAGUGUGUGCACUUUGUACAAUACGUCACUGGCACUUGCUUGUGCGGCGUGUGGGAACAGGAAAGAACAGCCUACAUCAACCAAAGAAUGGAGUUGUAAAUUUUGUACUCUUGCGAAUUCGGAUUUGUUGGAUACUUGUGAAGCUUGUGGUCAAUGGAGAUAUUCAUAUGGAGCACCUUCUGCUACGCGCGCUCCUAAUGUGGGUACUUAAGGAAGAAAGUUUUCAGAUUUUGCGCUAUUCGCAUUUAUUACUGAUUUUUGUUGCCACUAAGAGCAAGCAAGAAGUCUAUAGAAAUUAAGCAGUUCCAUUAUGUCAAUCCUCUCGAAACAAUAUGUCCAAUUUGUAUCUAGAAACUGUCAUUUGAGCUUGCAUAAGCAUAUCCUUCACAAAUUUAACAAA